AUGGUCAUACCGCGUCCAGGUACAAACCCCACAAGACGACCUUGUAUUAAGCUAAUGGGCAGAAACUUGAAAAUCACCAAAACGUUGAAAUACCUUGGAGUCACGUGGGACCAAGGCUUGACCUGGCUACCACAUCUACAAGAAGUCAAAGUCAGAACAGCCAACAUUGCAAAGAAAGCCAGGCAGUUUCGGGGACAAAACUGGGGGCAGAACAUUCAAAAACUGCUCUACUUGACGGUUGCAGAAAGGAUUGUACUCUAUGCCUCAGCUAUCUGGGCACUACCAAUGGGCAGCCGUAAAAUAAAAGCCCUGUCAACAAUACAAAAACCUUUUGCUCUCAACAUUAGCAAGGCAUAUAGAACAACCGCGACAAAUGCAGCACUUGUGCUUACCGGGCUCACACCCCUUCACAUCAGGGCCAAGUUAGAAGCAAUAUAUGAGCGGCAUACAGGAAUGAUAAGAAACAGCAAAGGUGAAAAAUAUGAGCUAUUUUAUCAUCAGCUAUCAUCAAUAACCGUGAUGAAAAAACAUCUUGUAGAGAAACUUGGACAUCUUGUAGAGAAACUAUGA